AUGGGACUUGGCGCUCAAGGCAGCUUGGCCUUUUUCAUGGUGGAACUGCUGGUGCUAGUGCUGCUCAAGGCCACAGUGGAUCGUGGCCUUAAAGACUGGGGGAAUCUUCAAGCAGAAAUCCUUCCAGUUCUCAGAAGCCCCACUACUGAACCAACAAGGAAUACCCUACACAGGACUUUCAACUAUACCAAUGAGUCUUCCAAAAGCACUGUGAAGCCAUCUACAACUCCAGUUUCCUCAGUCUCAAAAAAUGGGGCAGUCACCACCCUGAAACCCAUAGCAACAUCUAAAAUGACAACAUCAUGGGUCUCAACAAAUGUGUCUUCUACCACCUUAAAGUCGACACCCAAAAUAACAACUGUUUCACAAAACACAUCCCAGAUGUCAACAUCCAUGAUGACCACAACCUACAAUAGUUUGGUGACAUCUGUUUCUUCAGCAGUAACAAUUACAGCAACGAUAAAUUCUAAAGAAAAUAAAGGAUCAAAAUUUGAUAUUAGCAGCUCUGUUGGUGGUAUCGUAUCAACACUGGGAAUUUUAUCUGUUCUUUACAUCAGAUACAAAAUGUGCUAUUCAAGAAGAGGCAUUUGGUCUAGAACCAGUGACGAACAUGAUGUCAUCAUUUAA